GCAGUGUCGCGUUGGCGCGCAGUCAUGGCGGUGCCGAACGGGGCCGGGGCCGCGGCCGGGACGGGCCCGGGGUCGGGGCUGGGGGUCCCGGCGGGGACCGGGGGCGGCCUGAGAGCCGCGGCCGGGCUCUACGAGCAGCUCAAAGGCGAGUGGGGCCGAAAAAGCCCCAACCUGGCCAAGUGCGGGGAGGCCCUGGGCAGGCUGAAGGUCGCGCUGCUGGACCUGAAUUUCCUCCCGACCUCCGGCUCCUCCAUGACCAAGCAGCAGCUGAUCCUGGCCCGGGAUAUCCUGGAGAUUGGAGCCCAGUGGAGCAUCCUGAGGAAGGACAUCCCAUCCUUCGAGCGUUACAUGGCCCAACUCAAAUGUUAUUAUUUCGACUACAAGGAGGAGCUGCCGGAGUCGGCGUCGCGGCAUCAGCUGCUGGGGCUGAACCUGCUGUUCCUGCUGUCCCAGAACCGCGUGGCCGAGUUCCACACGGAGCUGGAGCGGCUCCCGGCGCCGGAUAUCCAGGGAAACCUCUUCAUCCGGCACCCCGUGUCCCUGGAGCAGUACCUGAUGGAGGGCAGCUACAACAAAGUUUUCCUGGCCAAGGGAAACAUCCCAGCAGAGAGCUACACCUUCUUCAUCGACAUCCUGCUGGACACCAUCAGGGAUGAGAUCGCCGGCUGCAUCGAGGCCGCCUACGAGCGGAUCCUGUUCCCCGAGGCCGCGCGGAUCCUCUUCUUCAGCUCCCCCCGCAAAAUGACCGACUACGCCAAGAAGCGGGGCUGGGUGCUGGGCCCCUCCAAUUAUUACAGUUUUGGGGGGCGGCAGCAGAAGACCGAGGACCCCCCGAUCCCCUCCACGGAAUUGGCCACGCAGGUGAUCGAGUACGCCCGGCAGCUGGAGAUGAUCGUCUGAGGGCCCAGGAGCACAAAAUUCCCUUUAUUUCCUCCCAAUUCCCCUUUUUCCGCCUUUUUUCCGCCUCUUUUUUUGGGGGUUUUUUUUUGGGGGGGUUUUAUUUUGGUUUUGUUUUUGGAGGGGGUUGAACUGCUCGAAGAUGAUUUUUCCCCCCCCUGCCCCCCCAACAUUGAGACCCCCAAAAUCCCCCCCCAAACCCCAAUUAAUUUUCCUUAUUUCUCUUAUUUUAUUGAGUUUUUGGGGGCGUUUCAAGGGCUUUGAAGUAUUCCUUUGAGAGCAGUUAUGUAUUUAAAUGUGGUUUUUUUGGGGGGGUCUUGAUACACGAGGGUCUCUCUGAAACCCUCGGGACCCCCAAAAUCCCCAUUUAUUCCCAUUUUCGUUGCAUUUUUGGGGGGAGUCUUGAUGUGGGGACCCCAAAACCCUCUCAGAUCCCCCCAGACUCCCAAAUCCCCCAUUUAACUCACAUUUUCCCGCAGUUUUGGGAGGUUUAACAGUUUCAAAGGUUCUUUUUGGUGUGUGGGGAUUUAGAGACCCCCCCCCCCCUCGCACCGACUUUUUGGGCAGAAUCGGGGCGGGGGGCUGAGCCCCCUCCCCAUAAAAAUGGACCCCAAAAUAUUUCAAUAAAGUGCUGGAGCCGGA